AUGAGCAUAGUAUUUAUCACCGGUGCAACCGGUUACAUCGGCGGAGAUGUCCUUUCACAGCUGGUCCCUAAAUACCCGGACUUCACUUAUCGACUUCUCGUCCGGGGAGCCGACAAGGGUGAGAUAAUUAAGGCUCAAUAUCCGUCCGUUCAGAUUGUGUAUGGUGGCCUGGAAGCCACGGAUAUCCUAGAAGCCGAGAGUGCCAGUGCAGAUAUCAUUAUCCAUACGGCCGACGCAUCAGAUAAUCUCCCCGCAGCUAGGGCAAUAUACGCCGGUAUCCUCAAGGGACAUACUCCUCAAAGACCAGCCUACUGGCUUCAUACCAGCGGCGCAGGAAUCUUCAGCUACGUCGACACUGACGAGAGGACAGCGGGGAUCCUGCGAGACAAAGUAUACAAUGAUCUCGAGGGCAUUCAGGAUAUUCUCAACAUACCGAAUCAUGCUUUCCAUCGUGAAGUAGAUAAACUCGUCCUGGAAGCCGGCACCCGUCACCCAGACAUUGUCAAAUCCGCAAUUAUCUCUCCCACCACUGUCUACGGCCCCGGUCGCGGCCCCUGCUCCCAGCGCAGCAGACAACUUUACAUCCUGUCGAGAUGGAUCCUAGAGCGAAAGACGGUACCCAUUAUCGGCGAGGGAAAGUCCCUUGGAACAAACGUCUACAUCACCGAUCUAACUGAUCUCUAUCUUCUAUUUUUCGAUGCUGCACUUUCCAGGCGUGCUGACCUGUGGGGUCCUGAGGCGUAUUAUCUCGCUGAGCGGGGAGAACAUUGUUGGGCUGAGGUGGCCAAGAAAAUCUCACAGAUUGCUAUUAGACAGGGACUGGUGUCUGCCGUGGAAAUCGAGGCAUUAGAUCCCAAAGCGGCUGCAAAAUUUGCGGGAUUCGAAGCUGUCUCUUGGGGGCUGAAUUGUCGGUGUCGUGCUCGGCGAGCACAUAAGGUUCUGGGAUGGAAGCCCACGGGGCCGUCAGUGGAGGAAGUUUUACCGAGUAUUCUCCGUGGAGAGUGGGAAAGGCUGCAGGUUCCAAAAUCCCUAUCAAUUUGGGAAUUCUUCCUCGAUUCCGAGUACUCGCCUUUGCGACGAUUGCAUCCCGAGGACCUGGGUGCGUACAUCAAUGCGCUGACCAAGGAGCGAAUUCGCUACGAUGAAUUGAAAGACUACACAACUUACCUAUCCACCGCAUUGGUCAAGAAGUAUGCGGGCGUUAUUUCUGGAGCGUCUCCGGCUUAUAAUGUCGAGGAAAUGACUUAUGCUUUGAAAACAGCCCAGGCAAAAUUCUUAAUGACAGUUCCGUCUUCAAUGGAGGUUGCAGUCCCGGCAGCUAAAAACGCUGGUAUACCUGCAGAGUGUAUUUUUUUGCUCGAAGGAGAGAAACACGGCUACACAACGGUGCAAGAGCUACUGGAAGUGGGGAAGGAAUACGGCGAUGACGGACAAGUAGCACCGUUUACACUGGCUGAAGGAGAGUCGAAUCGGGACGUCUGUGGCUUCUUAAGCUUCAGCAGCGGAACAACAGGGCGGCCCAAAACGGUUGUGAUUGCACAUCACAAUGUGAUUGCGCAGUGCAUGCAAAUCCAGCAGGUCGCCUCCCCAGAUUGCAAAAAGUCGCUAGCUGUGUUGCCGCUGUUCCAUAUUACCGGUCUCGUGCAUCAGAUGCAUCUUCCGAUCCUCCUGAACACAGAAGUCUAUAUGCUUCCGUUCUUCAAUAUGGACACUAUGCUCAACGCAGUUGUCGAGAACCAAAUAACUGAACUCCUACUAGUUCCUCCCAUAUUGAUACGUCUGCUUCAGGACCCAGCUGCAGAGAAAUACGAUAUCUCGCACGUGAAGCGAUUCUUUUCGGGCGCUGCUCCCAUUGCCAAAGCGCUCCUCCAGCAGCUAGAGAAACGCUUCCCAUGGACUGGAUUCAAGCAAGAAUACGGAAUGACCGAGUCCUGCAGUUGCAUCACCACGCAUCCUCCUGACCUGCAAUCGUACAAUUAUGCGAGUCGGGUCGGGAGCAUUGUCGCCAAUACAGACGUCAAGAUCAUGGACCCGGUAACGGGCCGUGAAUUGGGAUAUAACAAGCCAGGGGAAAUCCUCGCGCGAGGACCGCAGAUUGUAAUGGGGUAUCUGGGAAAUGAAGAAGCGACACGCGAGACAUUCGAUGCAGAUGGAUGGUUGCACACGGGGGAUAUCGGAUACAUGGACGAAGAGGGCUUCCUCACCAUCACCGAUCGCAUCAAGGAGAUGAUUAAAGUAAAUGGCAUUGGGGUCUCACCUACGGAGCUGGAGGACUUGCUCCUGGGCCAUGAAGAUGUGGAGGAUGCGGCUGUGGCUGCAAUCUCGGAUGAUUAUUCUGGCGAGAGACCAAAAGCGUACAUUGUUCUGCGGUCGAGAGUGAGACAACGCGUUGGAGAUGGUGUUGGACUGGUGGAUAUCGGUAGAGAGCUGGUUGAGUAUGUGCGAGCGAAGAAGGUGCGGCAUAAAUGGAUUGUCGAGGUCGAGUUUGUCCACGAGUUGCCUAAGAGUGCCAGUGGCAAGAUCCUCAGACGUAUUCUUCGAGAUAGGGAGACAAGACCAAGCCCUGGAAAGAGACUGGUGGUGCGUGAUGAGAGGAUGAAAGCGCGACUCUAG